AUGGCAAAAGAUAAGAGAAGUCGAUCGCGAAAGCCAUCUGGCAAGCUCGAGUCUGCCUCCAGAGCAGUGUCAACGGAUUCAGCCAUCCAAGAUUCCUCACCUUCUCCCUCUUCUACACCUGCCACUGAGGCUUCGAGCGAGCAGGCGCAGGUCGAUCCGACAGAUGGUAACGAGGAACCCUCGCACAUCAACCUGGCGGAUGAGCUCGAGGCCGCAGGCUUGGACAGCUCCGAUGAAGACAGCAAAGUAUAUGGGACGCAGGAAAGCCAACCUAGCUCAGCGCCUCACGUCGACAAUGUAUCCGAAGAAAUCUCGGGAUCCCAACGAUCUGGAGUAGAAGGACAAAACGAAGAGCCUCGUGGUACUGGGCCAGGACAACAGCCCACUCAAAAUAAGGAGGAUGGCGAGGCUCCGGACUCAAAUAGCGUGAGACCGGGGCGCUCUGAGGUAGAGUAUCAAGAGGAACUGAGCAAAAGAUUCGCCGCCGAAGAGACAGUUUCAAAGCUUCAAGCUGAGGCCGAGGCUGAUCGAAAGAGGUAUGAGGACGAUGCAAAGGCUGAAAGGGCAGAUUUUGAGCGAAGAAUACGGAGGCUGCAGCAGGAGAAGGAAGGCGAAAAGUUAAAGUAUGAGUCGAAGUUCGACGACAAAGACGGUAAGAUUCAGGAAUUCCAGGAGCAGAUACAGAAGCAUACCGACAAUGUGCAGAAGUUAACUACUGCCCUGGAGGAGUGUCAGAAGUCGCUAGCCGGUGAUGAUGCCGGCGCCGGCGAGCACAGGGGUGACCGUGGGGAUGAGAACGAGCAGUAUACGCUGCGUGGAGCACUCCAGAGGGAGCUCGAUGCAUCCAUGGGAGGCCUGCCGAGCCCCAGGAAUGGUCUUAGGCCUGGAAGUGCCCGAUUCCUCCUGGCUGAGCACGAGUACCUCCUGGACAAGAACAGCCAGUUGUACGAGGCGGUGCUCGCCACAGCCAAUUACGCAGAUGGGAGAGGUUCUUGGACCAGCGAUGAGGACAAGCGGCUUGUCGACGCGUUCAGGGUUGCCGUGGCAGAAAUGAAUGAAUUCUUAGAAAAGAAUGUCGAUAGGGCAGUGGAUUGCGUUGUGGAAUCCAAGAACGAUUGGGCUCUGUCGGCGAAGGAAAACGGCUGGUGA